AUGCAUCAUUCAAAGGGUACAACUUCCUCCGUCUCUAACGACCCCGAAGAACCGCCACAGAAGAAGAAACUCCAUGCCGCCCAAUCGUCGCUGUUACAACUUCCAAACGAACUCUCUGUGAACUGCUUAGCACGCGUGCCGCGAUGUUACCACCCUUCGGUCUCAAUGGUCUCCCCAGCCUUGAGACGUCUCAUCGCUUCUCCGCAGAUUUACGCCGAAAGAUCACUACUUCGCCGCACCGAAAAUGUCCUUUACGUUUCUCUUAGUCUCAAAUCUCUCGACCCCCCUCGUUGGUACACUCUCAAUCUCAAACCUUUCGGACAAGUAUCACUGUCCCAUUGUUUGGUUCCUGUCCCGACAACAUUCCCUUUCGUUCCUUCGUGGGAAACGUCCAUGGUCGCUUUCGGUUCGGAGAUUUACGUCAUCGGUGGAUGUGUUAACGACAGGUUCGUCUCCACUGCGUUUGUCAUCGAGUGUCCGUCCUACACGUGUCGGUACCUCCCUAACAUGAAGCAAAAACGCGGCUGCGCCGCCGCGGGAAUCGUCCAAGGAAAGUUGUACGUGAUAGGAGGGUGUGACCGUCGCUCUCCGAACUGGGUGGAGGCUUUUGAUCUAAAGACUGAAACUUGGGAGACGGUGACGACGUCGUCGGGGCCUGAUGACGUGAAGGUGUGUAAGAAGAUGAUUAGGAGUUUCGUGGUGGAUGAGAAGAUGUACUUGAUGGAUCGAAAUAAUAGCUUUGUUUACGGUCCUAGAGAAGGGAGUUUAGAGAAGGACGUGUUGUUGAACAGAGAUUGGAGUGUGAGUUCUUGCGUUAUCGACAACAAGUUGUACAGUUUUGGUCGGGAUUAUAGGUAUAAGAUGUGGGAGUUUGAUCCUGUCGCGAGGGUUUGGAGUGAAGUGAAGGGUGUUGGAGAUAUUCCUGGUAUGCGUGGUGGGUCUAAAUUGGUGAAUUAUGGUGGGAGGCUUGUGUUUUUGUGUAGACGUGGAGAUUGGUCGACGGAGAUUUGGUGUACGGAGAUUGAGUUGGAAAGGAAGGAAGGAGGAGAGGUUUGGGGGAAGAUCUUGUGGUCUAGUCUCAUGCUUGCUUCCGAAGAUACAAUUUCCAUUGUACGAUCUCUAGCUGUGUCGUUUUGA